CAUAGAAGCCGGCUGGGAGAGACACACACUGCGCAUGCUCAGUAAUGCUCCUUGUUCCAGAGGGAAUCAUCGGGCGCCUUCAUUGCUGCCGACAUUCUCACUGUUCAUGAACUGAAUUCACUUCGUUUGCGAACCUCGUAAUGGACUCUCAGAAAGAUGCCUUACAGAGGAUAAUUGCCACAUUAGCAAACAAAAAUGAGGAGCUCCAUAAUUUCAUUGAAAUGCUGAAUCACACUUUGGGUCGAGUUCAGGUCAACUCCACACAGGUGGUGUCGGAUUUAGAGGAGGAAUUCGACACGCUGUACUCCAUGCUGGACGAGAUGAAAGAGAGCAUGACGAGUGCCAUCAAACAGGAAACAGUCCGGAAAUCACAUGAGCUUCAGAACCAGCUGACCCAGAGCAGCAGUGCGUUAGAGAGCGCCGAGGAGCUUCUGGAGUUCGCCAACACUGCGCUGCACAUCACAGACGAGGGCGAGUUCACUAAGGCUGCCAAACAGAUCAAAGAUAGGGUCACGAUGGCUCCUGCCUUCCGCUUGACGAUGAAGCCCAAAGCCACAGAUAACAUGACCCAUCUGAUGGUGGACUUCAGUCAUGAGAGACAGGUUCUGCAGGGCCUCAAGUUCCUCCCCGUGCCCAGAGCCCCGGAGAUCGUGCUCGGAGACUGUGUGGUGAUGGAUAAUGAGGUGACCGUAACCUGGAGGAUGCCGGUGGAGGACAGCAAGAUCGACCAUUACAUCUUAGAGUACAGAAAAACCAACCACGAGGGUCUGCCGCGGGUGAAGGACGAGCAGUGCUGGGAGGUGCUGGACGACAUCAAGACCACUGAACACACCCUACAAGGAUUGAGAUUUGACUCCAAAUUCAUGAACUUCCGGGUACGAGCGUGUAACAAAGCAGCCGCGGGCGAUUAUUCAGACCCCGUCACCUUGGAAACUAGAGCGUUUAACUUCGGCUUUGACUCCACGUCAUCUCAUCUGAAUCUGAAGGUGGAGGACGGGAGUGUGGAGUGGGAUCCGCAGGGAGGGAAAGGCCUAGACAGCAAAGUCAAAGGGAAGGAGAACAAGGGCAGCAGUGCACAUUUCACCAAUCUGAAGAACAUGUCCAGAAGUGGAACUCCAUCUCCUAAACGAACAUCAGUGAGCCGCUCACCGGCCACCAGAGGAGCCAGAGAUCGCUUCACUGGAGAGUCCUACACAGUUCUGGGGGACACAUGUAUAGAGUCUGGGCAGCAUUACUGGGAAGUGAAGCCUCAGAAAGACUGUAAGUCCUACAGCGUUGGUUUGGCCUACAGAAACCUUGGGAAAUUUGACCAGUUGGGGAAGACCAACAACACCUGGUGUAUCCACGUCAACAACUGGCUGCAGAACUCAUUUGCGGCCAAACACAACAACAAGGCAAAGAAUUUGGAUGUGCCGGUACCGGACAGCAUCGGAGUCUACUGUGACUUUGAUCGGGGCCAACUUUCUUUCUAUAAUGCUGAAAACAAACAGUUACUCCACACGUUUAAGAUGAAGUUCACCCAGCCUGUAGUUCCAGCCUUCAUGGUGUGGUGCGGCGGUCUGACGCUGACCUCAGGCCUGCAGGUUCCCAGCGCGGUAAGAAGCUUCCAGAAAACAGAGAAUGGGCUGGGAGGAUCGAACAGCAGUAUAUCCCAGCAGGAUCCCUCAGUGUCCUGUGAUAUCUGCUUCUACGAUAAACUGCCUUCAGUGGACGCCCUCCUGCCGUGAACACAUCUCCCAAUCCUUCAGGAAAACUGGACACACUCGCGAUGGCCGAGGCUCGUAGACCGGCAGGAUCUGGAGAGACGUUUCCUUCACGUUCUCUUCGACAGACACUUUCAUCAGGAGAUGUUUGCGUCGGAAAAGCUAGUGGUUUAUCAGGGAAUAGUUGAGUGCACUUUCUAACACUGAUUUAGGUUGAACGAUGACAUGCUUUUUGAGUUGUUUGUCUUUCACUAUUAUUUUAGUUUUGUUCUGUGUAGUGUGAGCGUUUUAUCUGCUUUCUGUGGGAUUUUCUUAAAUGUCCUGAGAUCCGAAAUCUGUAGAUCAUCCUUCAGUUGGUGAAUUUGAGCUUUGCACAAGUCUAAAAAUGAUGAAAGCUGCUUAUAAUGUCCCCAGAUUGUCAUAUACUGUUAUUAUUAUAUCUGGAUAACUUUGGAUGUGUAUGUUUUUGUUGUAUAAAUGUGUCAUCCUGAGUUUGUCAUUAUGUUGAUUUUUAAGUCAUUUAGGUCUAAUUUUUGGACUGAAGCAAGAUUUUGUCAACAUUUGUGCAGAAACUAAUAAUCAAACCUCUGUAACACUCCUUAAUGAGCUUAAUUCCAAACAUUAAAGCUCACCAAAGACUCA